CUUAGGGUGUGGAAUGAAAAGCCUGGCUUUGUUUAUUCGGCUUCUUACAUCUUCAUCUUUGCUGACUAUGCUGCCAAGGUAGAUGAAACGACCAGACUCUGUAAUACAUUCUACAUGUAGUCGGAGUGAAGCUUCUUGUUGACCCGCAUUACCUCCGUCUUGUUGAUGUUGAUGGUCAGGCCAGUCAUUGCUGCUUCUUCCGAGAGCCGAGUGAGCUUUGUGCGUGUUGCUGCUCAAACAAGCUAAUUUGGUUUAAUUCCAUUUGUGGUCAUAAGAAAACAACAGAGAGGUGUUUGCUUAUUUGAUAAGAAAAUAAUUUAGAAAAUAAAAUAGCACAAACAAAGUUUUAAAAUGUUUUUAAUCUUCAUUUCGUGUUUCGAAAAGACUCGGGCUCACGGGUAUAAAAAGCUUGUACGCUCGCACUCCCACACGCGGACAUAAAACAACCGUUAAUCUCAUCGAAUGCGAAAAUGUUUGUGGCUGCAGCGAUAAGGAAGUUUCUACAAGUGUCUGCGUCCUUCCUUCCUUCACGGACCAUCGCGAGAACAGACGUUUCCUUGCUGCGUGCAGCUGUUGCGUCCUGUUGGCAACACGACUGUCUUUUUUAUUUUGUUUAGUCGUACAAGGAGCUAGCCAUAGAUGACCCUUGCGACCUGCAUAUGACUCCACAUCGAAACCUUGUCGUGUAGUUGUCGCUGUCGCUGACUAUGUACACCAUGGCGUGAACACCGCUCCACAUCACAAUGCUCGUCUCCAGCCAUUGAAGUUGAACCAAUGUCUGUGAACAGAACUGCUGACCCUCUGACCCUUCUGUCUCACGGCGCCAGGCUGUUGCGUGCCAAGGGUUUGUGAGAUCAUGAGCGAUUAGGGGAACCCACGUGCAUGGGUUCAUGAACCUUCGUCGUCAGACCCACGUCGCCACUGGACCGUCAAGAGAACGUCAGACGCGCAUCAACUUGCAUUGACUUCGUUCAAGAGGACUCGGGCUUCUCGUGUGUGUUGUCCUAUGACCUGACGAACAGUUACAUGACCUGAGGAACAGUAACACGACCUGAGGAACAGUUACAUGACCUGACGAACAGUUACAUCUCGAAUUUCUAUCUCGUUCAUGGUUACUGUGACGGACUUCAAGCGAGAUCACGUGGUCUGCAGCCUUCAGUCGCCAAGGAUUGGAUCCGUCGAAAAGUUUGUGUAAGAGCCACAGACCUGGUCAAUCACUUCAGGAUGGACCGCUGGCUGGCCGUGUUCAUUACACAAAAGCGGCGCUGUUCACAUACAUCCACAGCAAAAGAAUCAUCUUCCCGCUGCUUUUAGCAAUAAUUUAAAAACAACCCCCUAGUCUUCAUGCAACUGUAGCUUUCCGGAUGUGCAUGUUCCGCUUUCUCCUUUCUCCAUCUGCAUGCUGGUAGCAAUCGUGAUGUUAAGGCCUCGUCCACAGCCUCCGGUGUGUAAGAACCAGAUGAACAUCCCGGUUCAGUCCUUGGGUUUUUCAUCCUCAAGCUUCUUAGACAGAAGUCUCUUCGAUGACUGCGGAGCCGCCACCAGAAGGUCUGAAGUCACUGGAAGAGAAGCUUGUCAUGACAGAUGGCUGAGUGGUACAGAUGCUGUCCGUCCGUGUUCUCCGACGGACACCAAGAGUGACAGGACACUUCUACCCAAACUCGCUCCCGUUCUUGAGCAAGGACAAGGCGUGGCACAUGCCAACGACCUCGACGACGAGAAAGCGCGUUGGUCAUCGGUGAUGAUUAGAAAAGAAAUGAAGCGAGGAAAGCCUCGCCGUCCAGAGAACGACAGAAGUACCAGCACCAACAAAACUGUUAACUUGCCGAUCCUGUCCUUGUCCACGUGGGGUUCAGUGACCGGGAAGAGAAGGCGAAAGAAGUCAAAGCACGAAAUGUGGACAGUGACGCAACUUCCGGUUCUGGCUGCACCCGGUGAGACGGAGUCUGGGAGGAACCCUGCAGUCAACACCCUGGAUGUGAGAUCUAUUUACGGCAAACAGUCGAAGACACUGAACGUCAAACCUGGCUUGCCUGGCGAGGGGACGAUCGUGUUGCCCCCUCUCACCCUCUCACGACCCUGGGGUCAGGUUCAAGCGGGGACAGUCGACGACAGUUUGAGGAGGAAGCAGCCAGUUCGGCAGGACACCAGUCGCACUCCCCCCGGAAAGAAGUGGGACUCGAUGUCCUCGCUUGACGAUUCUAGAACUUUUGUCAACAAGAAGCGGCGCCAACAACGGUUGGUGCUGUCAGAGGUCAUCUUUGACGCUGGCGGUGGUGCGUGGGAAAACCAUCGGCAUCCGGUCAGCUGCCUGACGACUGACCACGCGGCUACCGCAGCCCACUACUGUGACGUGCUGGGCCGGCGAUUCUGUCACCGCUGCACGGAGUGGGUGGAGAAGCUUGUGGGCCAGUCGUACGGGGCUAGACUUGUGGGCCACUCAUACGAGGCUAGACCUGUGGGCCAGUCGUACGGGGCGAGACCUGUGGGCCUGUCAUACGAGGCUAGACCUGUGGGCCAGUCGUACGAGGCAAGACUUGUGGGCCAGUCGUACGGGGCUAGAAGUGUGGGCCACUCAUACGAGGCUAGACCUGUGGGCCAGUCGCACAGACCGAGCAGGCUGAUGAGGUUGGCCAGCAAGUCACCAACUCCGACGUGGGUCUCUGACCGAGAGCUUUCGUUUACAGGUGUGAGGAAGGUGAUCAUCACCAAGGCAACGAAAAUAACAUGAAAAAUGUGAUUUUGAACUGCUGUAGCUGAAAGCAGUGCAUCCAUGUUUGUUGUGCUUGUCAUCCAUUCUGAUCAUGCAGCUCUCCACACAGUGCCAGACUUCUAACGGGAGAAAGUUAUUUGAAAUCAGGAAGAUAGAAACUUCACCUCACUGUUGGGACAACGUUAGUUACUUACACAGACUGGACUGGUGUUUCAUAUACUUUUAUAUACUUUUUAUUUUUCAUAGAUCAUAUUUGUGUUACUGUUAUAAGUGAUUAAAAUUACUAUAAUAAACAAUGAGUCACGUAGCCUUGCAGCGUAACGUGUUCUACAGUCACGUCACGUCUACGUUCCUGUGACGGUCACGUCAUCUUUGUCUUGGAGUCAAGGGGCAAACACUGUAAAAGCUUGAACGUGGUUCAGUUUUCGCCACCAAACAGCUCAUGUCUGCUCCCUUCCGACCAUCCCCAACUGGAUUACUGUUCGUCGAUCUCCCGAGCAUCCUACUUUUGUCUUCCGUAUUGUGGUCUUCCUCUUCUGCUCUUCCCUUCCUCACGCGGAAGAAAUUCAGCAAACGCUGGAUCCGAGCUUCUUCUCAGGCUCCAUUGUUCUUUCCCCACUUUUUCACUUAUUCUUUUUUGCGGAAGAAGCUUUUCUCCCCAAAACAUUGCUUUUGGUAAUAUCUUUGCAUGAUCACGGGUACUAUUCUACCCGCUCCUCCGAGCUUUGUUUGCCAUCGUGUCAUCAGUUUGUGUUUCUUGUGAGGCUGAUCUCAGAAAUGUUUAGUACUCAGACAUUUUGCAUGCGCUCUACUGAAGCAGUAUUUAAGCUGAAAGUUAAUAUAAUAUAUAAUUAACGGUUAUUUAUUUAACGAAGGUGGCGAAUAAGCGUUUUUUUAUUAUUAAAAUUUGAGAAUGAGAUAUAUUGAAUUCUACAAUCAUAAUCACGCGUGCAACACAACGAAAUGACGCACGUGCGGUUUUAGUAAAACAAAUUGUUAUUGUUGUCAGCUCUUCAGUUAUUUGCUGACUAUUUUGUUUUUUCUUGUAUACUUGAUAUUUGGAUUCAAGGAAGCACCAGAGUAUAUAAAUCCCCGAAACUGCUUCCCUUUUCCGCUAAAAGUUUCAAGUUUCUGAUAUGUAUGUGCAAUAGCAAACAAUGUGUUCUAUUGUUUCACUUUCUUUGUAACAAAGAACACAUUUUGUGGUUAGUCAUGUUUCUGAGGUAUAGUAUAGGGUGUGUGAGACUGGGAAGAUGUCAUGUGCUAUUUUGAAGGA